GUCUGUUUGCGGCUCGCGGAGAAGAAGAUGGCGGCGCGGAGUGGUUUUCAGCCUUCGACACCCGGUGGCGGCGGAGCCCCGAUGGGACCCGGGCCGCCGGUAGCCGGAGCAGGACCCGGUAUGGGUCCCGGUACACCCUCAGGAAGGAUGGGACCAGGCGGCCCGCAGAACCACAUGUACCGAUCACCGAUGCCCGGUUACCCGAGACCAGGAAUGCCUCCAGCCAGUCGUAUGACUCCUCAGGGACCCUCCAUGGGGCCCCCAGGUUACGGGGCCAGUCCUGUUUCCCGCCCCGGCAUGCCAGUAAUGGACCCGUCCCGCAAACGUCCAGCGCCAAAUCAGAUACAGCAGGUUCAACAGCAAAAUCGCAACCAACAUGCCAAGAAGAAGAAAAUGGCAGAUAAAAUACUACCUCAAAGAAUCAGAGAGCUUGUCCCAGAGUCUCAGGCUUAUAUGGACCUGUUGGCGUUUGAGAGGAAGCUCGACCAGACCAUCAUGCGCAAACGACUUGAUAUUCAGGAAGCUCUCAAGAGACCCAUUAAGCAAAAAAGAAAACUCCGAAUAUUUAUCUCCAACACAUUCAACCCUGCCAAGCCAGAUGCAGAGGAUGGCGAGGGAACUGUUGCAUCUUGGGAGUUGCGUGUGGAGGGGCGGCUUCUUGAGGAUACCGCUGUGUCCAAGUAUGAAGCCACCAAGCAGAAGAGGAAGUUUUCUUCUUUUUUCAAGUCUUUAGUGAUCGAGUUGGACAAAGACUUGUAUGGACCUGACAAUCAUUUGGUUGAGUGGCACAGAACAGCCACAACUCAGGAGACAGAUGGAUUUCAGGUCAAGAGGCCUGGGGAUGUUGGGGUCCGCUGUACUGUACUGCUCAUGCUGGACUACCAGCCCCCUCAGUAUAAGCUGGACCCCCGCCUGGCCCGGCUGCUGGGGAUUCACACUCAGACCCGGCCUGUGAUCAUUCAGGCUUUGUGGCAGUAUGUGAAGACCCACAAACUCCAGGACCCUCAUGAACGAGAGUUCAUCAACUGUGACAAAUACCUCCAGCAGAUUUUUGAAACCCAGAGGAUGAAGUUCUCUGAGAUCCCUCAGCGGCUGCAUGCCCUACUGAUGCCUCCAGAACCAAUCAUCAUCAACCACGUCAUCAGCGUUGAUCCCAAUGACCAGAAGAAGACUGCAUGCUAUGAUAUUGACGUGGAAGUGGACGACACCCUGAAGACCCAGAUGAACUCUUUCCUGCUUUCCACGGCCAGUCAGCAGGAGAUUGCAGGCCUCGACAACAAGAUUCAUGAGACCAUCGAAACCAUUAAUCAACUGAAGACUCAGAGGGAGUUCAUGUUGAGCUUUGCGCGAGACCCGCAGGGCUUCAUCAAUGACUGGCUCCAGUCGCAGUGCAGAGACUUGAAGACGAUGACGGAUGUUGUCGGAAACCCAGAGGAGGAAAGAAGAGCCGAGUUCUACUACCAGCCUUGGGCUCAAGAGGCUGUGUGUCGCUAUUUCUAUUCAAAGGUCCAGCAAAGGAGACAGGAGCUGGAACAGGCUCUUGGCAUUCGAAACACAUAAGCAAGCCUGUGGCCGUUACGACACAGGACCAGAAGGGAUUCUGGGUAGCGAAUUUCCUGCUGCUUGGCACUGCAGAUGCUGAUCACUACAGUUUUAUUACGGUUUAUCUUGUGCUGUCCUGCUGUAGCUGCCCAGGAGUGACCCUUCAUAAGGAAAUUACCUUAUUUUUGUUGUGACUCCGCCAAACUAACAAACCCCUUGAAAUUCUGCUGUCCCACUUGAUUUUUACCUGAUUCAAGCUAGAUGAUUUAGCGAUGUUGUUGUUUUCCGACCAAACUGACUUGCUUUUUUUUUUUUACCGCUAAUAUCGGAACUCCAAACAAAAAUGGUAAAAAGUAUUCUCCGUUCAUGGCUUCUUGGAGUCGUUUAAUUUUGAAAUGAUCGAUAUUGUCUUUUGAUAUCUUAAUGUUCUCAUAAUAUGAACUUUAUGAAGAUCUAGUCUAGUUAAGCAUAGAUGACUGAUAAUGAUGUAGUGUAGUACCUCAGCUCUCUGAAGAUGAAUUAUUCGGAGGAAGUUCCUUAAACGAGUGCGUUAAAGGUGGGCUCACUGGUUAACAUUCUCUGCAAUGACUUUGAGAACUCGUCUGUUCAGUAACCGUUUUAGAUCCACAAGAUUAGAUGUACUGCUGAUCCACCUGUUUGAUUACAGGUCUGUUGGGCACAAGCUUUGUCCUGGCCUGUAAAGUACUUCCACUCUAACCUCGCUGUGAUAUGUAUUAAUAUAUUUAGAGAAUUGCCUAUAUGGUUUGUUGGUUCGUUUAAUUAAUUUUCAUUUUGUCAUUCUGAAAAGUAACAUGAAAUAAACCUGCCAAUGCAAGUACUACCUGUCCAUGGCUACCCAAAAAUCAUGUUUAGGAAUACUAUCAAGUGAUUGAAUAUUUAAUCGAUGCACUGCAGAUAGGCCAUGGGUUCUUCCACUAAAGUAAUUCAAGCAUUUAGAAGCCAAGUGCUAAAAACUUUAACAUUCUGAGUAGUUUAAGUUUUCUUUAAGUCAUGCGUUUGCUUAUUUUAUAUCUUUUUAAUCCUUUUUUUCCCCUUUAAUGGACCAAAUGUUGUAUUUCUGUUAGCCCUUGUGUUAUAAUAAAGAUUAUCUUGUAUUGAUGCUCA